AUGAGAAGCCCAGCACGGUCGGCCGGUGGAGAAGACGAAGGUUCGCCACACCCAGAUGAGUUGCCUGCGUGCCUCUCAUGCAGGAGAAGAAAGUCCAGAUGCUCUCGCGAAAGGCCGAGCUGCGCACAAUGUGUCAAGAUAGGCGCUGAAUGUCAGUAUGUUGUGAAGCAAAAGCCUGGCAUCAAGGCUGGGGCAGUUGAUAGUCUCAGUCGACGACUAGAGAUACUGGAGCAGAUUAUUCUAGAUACUUCGGGCAACACAAAAGCAAGAUUGGCUGCCUUGUUAAAAGGUGAUCUUGAGAGACCCGGGGGGAGCGAAUCCUCAUCUACAGCGUCCCCUUCUAUGCUGAGACAACAGCGGCCGUUUGAUGCAUCUCAGCGCGAAGGCGAAGAUCCAUCAGCCGACACUGUCUCUCAACUAGAGCAUCAUCGCAGGAAACGACAACGCACUGAUGACGGACAAGAGCAGCACUGGAAUAUAAAUGAUGACUCUUGGAUGGCCCCGUUACCACAAUUCCCAUUGUUGGAAGCAGUAGUGGAGGCCCAUUUCCAAACAGUGCAUCACUGGAUACCCAUCCUCCACGAAACAAGAUUUCGAGCCAAGUUCAAAGAUUCUUUCCAGAGGCAAAAGCUUACAAUACUGCUUCAUGCUUUACUUUCCGCGGCCAUUAAAUACGUCGAUUUUACAGACUUUGGAAUGAAUAUUCGGGAUGUUACAAGACAGAUUCGCAUCUCCCGGAAAAUCGUAAUGGAGCACGCGAUGGAAUCUCUUUCCGUUGAGAACACCCAGGCUUUGGUAAUAAUUGCUUUUGACUACAUGGGAAGCGGUCACGUUAAAAAAGCGUGGCCUAUUAUUGGCUCGUUGACCAGAAUUGUUGACUACCUACAGCUAACGGUAGAGCCAGACGAAGAAUCACCGAAGCAGCCCUUACUAAGAUCUUUAACUCUACUGGAAAAACCGCAGGACUGGACAGAAUCUGAAGCACGUCGAAGACUCUUCUGGAGCGUCUUUCUGCUAGACAGAAUCUGUUCUAUCACUACUGGAUGGCAUACGAGUCUCACAUCCGACGACGUUCAUCGGCGCCUACCUUGUGGCGGGGCCAUGUGGGCGAGGGCAGAGCCUGUUUCAACGCCCUAUUUUGGGAUAUGGGACAAAUCGACAGCCAAAAUAGGCAACUCAAUCUCGAAUGCACCCACCAUUUAUCUAUCACCAAAAGUGGCGAUUGAUCAUCCCAGCCCGGGGUCCACCGGCGACAUAGACGUCUCAAAACUUGGAGCCUUUGCAUAUUGUAUCGAAGCUACGGAGAACCUCAGCCAGGUCAUGUCCUUUUUCUUGCAACAGAGUGUUAACUUUGGUAACCGAGAUGAGGUCAAGAACUGGUUAACACGAUUCAAGGAACUUGACCUUCGUCUUGUCCACUGGAAAAUGUUCUUGCCCAAGCAAUGGCAAGACUCGAAUGUUUCUCGAGAUGUUUUAAUACUGAAACUCGAUCCAAACCUAACAUUGGCCCAUGUAUCUCACAAUACCUCAAUGAUACUCCUGCAUCAACAUAUUGCUUAUCCGCCUGCACGCUGGAAAAACGUGGUCAAGUUACCUAGCUCCUGCAGUGCCGAGACAUGCCAUCUUGCAGCUGUUGAAACGUCAUCUAUUGUACAAAAAUAUCUACAGUAUAUGGGCGGAAUUGUCAACAGCCAAUUUGCGUUUUGCGCUUUUGUUGCUGCCAGAGUUUUGCUCAUUCACUGGCACUCUAGCGAAGCCCACGUUUUAGAGACUGAGUUUUUCAAUCUCCUGAGGAGCCUGAAAGAUAUGUCGGACAAGUGGCACGGAUACUACACGUUCGAGAGCACAUUUGGCAGUGCUCCAGAUCAACAACAACCCAUAGACUUGGCUGGUAGAUACGCGCAACAGCUCGAAAGUUUGCACUCCCGCUGU